GCGGCGGGGCCGCAGCGGGACCUCCUCCCUCUUCGCUCCUGCCUCGCUCCGUGCCUCGCUCGGUGCUCCCGGUGGCUCAGGGCAGCGCGGCGGGAGAGUCGGACUCGACCCCACCCGGAGGAUCCCAGAGAUGGCGAAGUACAUGAGAGGCACCGUGACAGCCUUCGCUCCUUUUGAUGCCAGAGCUGAUGCAGAAGCCCUUCGUAAGGCCAUGAAGGGAUUGGGGACUGAUGAAGAAACUGUGCUGACGAUCCUCACCACCAGAAACAAUGCUCAACGUCAAGAAAUAGCUUCUGCCUUUAAAACCUUAUUUGGCAGGGAUCUUGUGGAUGACCUGAAAUCAGAACUUACUGGCAAGUUUGAAACCUUGAUGGUGUCUCUGAUGAGACCAGCGUAUAUUUUUGAUGCUCAUGCACUGAAGCAUGCCAUCAAGGGAGCAGGAACCAAUGAGAAAGUGUUGACUGAAAUUCUUGCCUCCAGAACACCUGCAGAAGUGCAGAAUAUUAAACAAGUAUAUCAGCAAGAGUAUGAAGCUGACCUGGAGGAUAAGAUCACAGGAGAAACAUCAGGCCAUUUCCAGAGGCUGCUGGUGGUGCUGCUGCAGGCAAACAGAGAUCCUGAUGCUGGAGUUGAUGAGGCUCUUGUUGAGCAGGAUGCUCAGGUUUUGUUCAGAGCUGGGGAGCUGAAGUGGGGAACAGAUGAAGAAAAGUUCAUCACUAUCUUGGGAACCCGCAGUGUUUCUCACUUGAGGAGGGUGUUUGACAAGUACAUGACAAUUUCUGGCUUCCAGAUUGAAGAGACCAUUGACCGGGAGACCUCUGGUGAUUUGGAGAAGCUACUUCUGGCAGUGGUGAAAUGCAUCCGAAGUGUGCCUGCCUAUUUUGCUGAGACCCUGUAUUAUUCCAUGAAGGGGGCUGGCACUGAUGAUGACACCCUGAUCAGAGUCAUGGUUUCAAGAAGUGAAAUUGAUCUGCUGGAUAUUAGACGAGAAUUCAGAAAGAAUUUUGCGAAAUCAUUGUAUCAAACGAUUCAGAAAGACACGUCUGGGGACUACAGGAAAGCGCUGCUGCUCCUCUGUGGCGGAGACGAUGACUGAUGGGCAGGGGACAUGCAGCUCUCCUUGUUCCUCCAGCUUUGCAGCCCUUCAUUAGCAUGUCUGCCUGAGGUUUUGUAUCUUAAUGCUUUGUGGCUGCUUGAAUUUAUACUAGGAUUGCACUUAGUAAAAAGGAGCUUAUUGUUAUCCCUCCUCUUCCCCAAGUCCCAGCUUCCAGGAAUUUCAAGUGCCUUCUGUGAUCUGUGGGAGUCACCUUCGUGGAAGGUGGGUGCUGAGCACAGAACCCAGUUCUUAACAGGUGUUUUGCUGAAAUAGGAAAAAAUAAUAAUGUAUUUCACAAUAAAUACAAAUUGCUUUUUAUUCCUUUCAUUUCCACUGAGUAUUAAGCUAGUUCUAACAUGGCAAGCAAGGAAAUCCUUUGUAUGUAAUAUUGGAAUGAAUUUGCUGAACAUAUUACAAGCAAUCAUUGGAAAUCUAAAGGACCAAUAAAUUUUUCCCCUCUUAUCACA